AUGAGGCUGCUGCAGCAACUCGUGGUGGAACCAGCAGCAGUUCUACAAAUGCUGUUAACAUUGAUGUUCUUGACGAUCAAGCUUGGUGGAAAGUUUGUCAUCUUGAACAAGGAAGGCACCGUUGAAAGCAAUGAAACUGUUCAAAAGCUGUAUGAUAUGACGAAUAUUUCUGACAAGUCUCUGACCAAGGCUUGUCAGGUGCUUAUUUCCAAAUUAAUAAGCUACCCACCAAGCAUGAGAGAGAUUAGGUCUGUUCUGCGAUGUCAUCCCUUGAACAUGGAAGAGCCAUUCGAUUUUAUUGCCCACUCGGGUUUGAGUUUUGUAGAGAUGGUUUGCAUCCACUUUAUCAACAUGUUUGAUAGCCUACAGAACCCAAUGCAACAAGCUCAGCUGGAGAGGAACACUGCCUUCCUUACGACAAUGCCAGUUCUGCAUAGUCUGUUUCUCGAUUGUAACGAUCUCAUCAAUAUGCAAUGGGUUGAGAAACAGACGCCUUUGAGGGCAAUGCAAGGUGGGAUGGUGUUGCUUCUAUGGCGACCAAUUCAAAAGUAA